CAUCGCGCGCAGCGCCAAGCCGAAAGGGAUGAGAGGGGAGCAGGAGGUACUUGCUGCACGGGUGACGUGACUGACUUCUUAUACGAGCAGCGACGAGUCGGCGGUCAAGAUGCAGCUCACCCCUCCAUUCUCAGUUUUGCCUCCUACCAUCGCAAGCCACUGAGCGGUCCAUCCUCCAACUGUCGAAGGCUCACAAGCUUGUUGUCGCUUUGACUUGACACUCUACAUCUGCAAGAUCUUCGCUUGGCACGCCGCAGAAAGCCCAGACGGUUCGCGAGGGUAAUCAGCAAGACUCUUUUGCACAGUCGCAGGGGGCUUCGACGCGCAGCCCGAUUACCUCAAUAAAGCCGACUCGCUUGGGUCUCUGGUGCUUGCAGAAACGUAUACGUCGAGAACGUCGCGGAGUACUUAACGACGAAGCUAAGCAAAGAUGCAGCACGAGCUGCCGUACAACAGUGGCUAUCCAUCCACUUCGAGGCCAGCUGCUCCUCCUCCAGCUUACACGCGCUUUGUUCAGCGCAUGAGCCUAAGACCAGUGCUACUCUUUACUACGCUGAUAGGAGCGGUCUAUCUGAUCAUCAUUGCUGCGGGAGAGUUCAGAGCUGCGGGAGAGGAUCAUCUGCCAGGCAACCUCAAGACUGUCAAUAUCGUUCAAGGCGCGCUCUUUCUGGGCGCUGCUGGUAUCGAGCUGUUUGGCUUCGUCGCCGCUUACUCGAUACGUCUACCUCUUGCUCGCACUUAUUCCUUGCUUUCUGUGGCAGGAGUUGCUGCGAUCGCCGCUGCGCAGCUUCUAGGCAUUGUGACCCACUGGACCUCGAAAGCCGCCAUCAUUGACUCGUGUACGACGCGCAACACUGGCCGCUCGCAGCCCAGCGACUCGUACUGGAUAUGGGAAUUCAACGAUACGGACAAUGGCGCUCCACUGACGGAUGUUCAAGCACGAAGCUACUGUGAAAGGCGCUGGAACAGCCAAUCAGCACCUCUGAUUAUCGCUUUCGUCCUCGUCUUGCUCUUGGGUCUCUUGUUGGUGUUCUUCAGCUUCGCAUUCGUGCGUCAGAUUUCUGAUCCCAGUGCUGCUUACGUGGGGCGCGGGCGCACCCAAGUAGCACCCUCAGCAACGCACUACCAGCAAUCCGCACCUUACGAUGGCUAUGCACAAGGCCCCUAUUCGUACCCUCCCGGAGCGGGCGCACCUGGCGUGUAUCAACCUCCAGCAGGAGCCCCUCCAGGAUAUGGCGGACGCCAAAGCGAGGAUUGGGAAGAUGACUACAAAACACCAGGAGGCCCGCACGAUACGUAUGCGGAGGGACACGACAAUCCGUAUGGUGAUAAUCAAGCGGUCGGUAGGCCCGGCAGCAGCAGGGGUGCCUAUACAUACGGCGACGAUGAGCGCCACAAGUCGGACGAUACACUGCGCGGUCAAGAUGAGCCAAAGGGGCAGCAGACGUCGGGCACGAGGGUCAGUGAUGCGCCUCCUAGAAUCUGAGCAUGGUCUGCCGGUAAGCGCAUGCUCGGCGAGUGCCGAGGCUUCUUUCCUCCGUCCAUCACAUCGGGAUGAAGUUGUUGUUCACCUUGGCGAAUCGCUCUUUUACUUCACGUCACCUGAUAUCCCCACUACGAUUCCGACUCAAGACUCUGAAUGGUCUUCGCACAGUGCGCCCAAGAAUCAAAGCUAUGUAUCUCCGUUCGCAGCGUCGCAUUGCUGUAAGAUGCUGCUUGAAGUUGCGCUGCAGAAUUCAAGCUCAAAGACGUGCUGUCAAGCGGGCAAGGCUGAUAAAGCACAUUUGGAGGA